UGUUCAGAGAGAGAAAGAGAUCGCACAAGCCACAGCCAUUUCACAGACACACACACACACACACGCAUCUGAUCCUGAACGUCGACACACUCCUGCUGGAUAUUUCUCAGGAUUGUUCUGCGUCCUGAUGAGCUCUUGACCGUCCCUGAUGGACUCAGCGGCUCCUCCGAACAUCUCCGAUGAUCGAACUCAUCCAGGGCCUCCCGGCCUCCAGGAGGCUCAUGAUUCCUCCAGACAGAGAGAAGCCACGACAUUACCCAGCUUUCCUGCAUACGACUCGGUCAGCAUCCUCACCGCCGGCCCGUUGAAUGACACAGACAGCAUCCAAACAUCCCAUCACACAUACGACACCGACAGCAACCGCACCCUGAACCCAGCGUUCGACACGGACAGCACCCACACCCUCCACCCGCCGUACACAAGCCCCGCUGGAGGAGACGGCCCGACCAGCAGCGCCCCACCCAACCCUCCUCCAUACAGCCCACCGGACCCCAAAACUGCCUACGUCAUGUACCCACAGUACCCCAACCAGCCCGUCAUCGCCUGUCAGCCUGGAGCCAAUCCUGCUUUCUACCAGCCCUCCUUCCUCCCGCCGUCCACUUACCCGUCCUACACUAUAUACAUGAACGGGCCGCCGCUGGGAGAGGAGCAGCCACCGUUACCUAAAGAUUACCUGAUUGAGUCUCUGCUGGUGACCAUCUUCUGCUGCCUCAUGAGCGGCAUCGUCGCUGUCAUGUACUCGUAUGAAACCCGUGCGGCGCUGACCAGGGGUGACAUCCGUGAAGCGGAGAAAACGUCCCAGAAGGCUCGUCUGCUUGUCAUGUUCAGUUUGAUGUUCGGCAUGUUUGUUUUUGUGGGCUGGAUUAUUUAUGUAGUGAUAGUGCUCUGUGCAUAGAAACUUUCUCAUGCUAACCAAGGCUGCAUUUAUUUGAUCAAAAAAUUCUGUAAAAACAGUUCAAUAUUAUUACAAUUUAAAUGACUGUUUUCAAUUUGAAUAUAUAGUCAAUUGUAAUUUAUUUCUGUUAUCAAAGCUGAUUUUUUUUU